CAGAGCACCGCCCACUCCGAAAUCACUUGACCAAUAGAGUGCCGCAGGAAUGAGUCCUAAUACCCGGAAAUCAGUUAGCAUUUUAACACUUCCGGUUCCAUCGUCCCGAAGUCAAUGGGUUUUUGGUUGAAUGCAUGAAAUAAGUUCCGGCAGGGGGCGACAGCGCGCUCGCUUUCUGCUGAAUGAAGAGGAAAGCGAAGAAGACAGCAACAAAACAACAAUAAAAUGGAGAGUGGAGUAGGCCUAACGUUAGAGGUUGGCUCCGUUACAGCCUUUAAAUGGACUGAUGCGAACACAGCAGAGCUGAUUGUGUGGCGCGUCAGUAAUAACAGCUUGUUCACGGGGAAGAAGAACACCGCCCUGCGAGCUUUCGAGCUAUUUGUGAAGGAGAAACGGCUGGAGGGGAAAGUGACACCAGCAUGGGUGAAGAAGAAGUGGGAGAACUUAAGACAGAAAUAUAAGGAUAUCAAGAGCCUCAGUAUGAUGGGAGGUGACCCGCUAGUGGCACCAUGGAAGUGGUACGCCGUGAUGGAUCAGGCUCUGAGUGGAGAACUCACUGUGGCUCAUUCCCUUCUGUCCAACCUGUCCAAUCUGUCCAAUCUAUCCAACUUGUCCAGCUCAUCCAGCCCCUUCCCUGUCCCCGUGUCCUCAUCUGGCCAGGAUGCUCCCCCUGCCAAGAAGAGGAAGGAGCAGUACUGGCUAGCUGCCCUGCAGGAGCUUGAGAGGAGGCAGGAGGAGCGUGAGAGGCGUGCCGCAGAAAGGGAGGAGGAGAGGGAGAGGCGGGCAGCCGAAAGAGAAGAAGAGAGGGAGAGACGGGCGGCUGAGCGAGAAGAGGAGAGAGAGAGGCAGGCUCUGGAGCGAGAGAAGAGGAGGGAGCAGGAUCUGCUCUCCAGACAGGAGCGUUGGGAGAGGGAGCUGCAAGCCAGAGAGGAAAAGAGAGAGAAAGAGUACAGAGAAAGAGAGGAGCGGAGGGAUAGAGAAGCCGCUGCGAGGGAGGACCGGCUGUUCAAGCUCCUUGAGACGUUCAUGUCUAAACAAUACAACACGCAUUGAGCCAUGUUGGUGUCUCAGAAAUGUCUGCUUUCUACUAAUAAAUCGUAUCCGGUUUUGUA